AUGUCUUUUAUCCUCAAAAAGCGUGAUGGAGUUUGGGGGAACAAACGUAUGAAGAAGAUUAUUUUAGACAUUCGAUUCCCUCGGUCAAAAACAGCAUUUGUGCCGAGGACAAAAAUAUUGGAAGAACCUCUUUUUUUUGAAAAAACAACAACAUAUAACGAAAUGAACCGUCCCGUAAUAAGGGCCUUUCGACGUAAUGAAGUGAAACGGGUUCUUUCUUUGAAGCCUAUUGAGAAAAAACAAAUUGUCCCUAGCUUUGGGUAUUCCUCCACGUAUCAAGACGCGUUUUCAAAGAAAACUAUCACACUCGAGACAUAUUCAACACCGGUUGCGAUUACAAAUGCGGUUCCGUUCCGGGGGAAAUCCACAAUGAGGAGCGAUUACAAUUUUAAAAUUCACCCACCGUCUGCUUUACCAAAAAAGGAAAAAUUGAGAUCAGAACCUGAAAAUCGAGACUUCAAAACGACAUACCGUUCUUGUUAUAAAAGGCCACCCUAUCCACUACCUUCUCCUUUUGCAAUUUGGGUUAGGCCAUGGACAUGUAAAUGCAACUGA